CACGAGAAGAACAGUUCCUAUAGAAGAAAUUAUAUAGAUACUAUCUGGAAUGGGAGGAGUUGUGUGGCAGCUGGGCCUCCAGCUCUGCAUUGCUGCUGUGCUGAUCUUUGGCGGAGGAAGAGGAAGAGAGCUCUCUGGCAGCCUGAGCUGCCUGAAUAACUAUGUGACGACUGUGAGCUGCAUGUGGGUAACGGAGAAGCCAGUGGGUGAUGGACCUUUCCACCUGUAUUUCACCAACCUCUGGUCAAAGGGCCACAACGCCAGCUGCAAACUGACUGCCACAGAGAGUAUGCAGAAUCAGUACCACUGCACAAUCCAUUUAGCCAGCCAGAUCUUGGAAACAGAUGGUUACAGAGUCUCUCUCCAAGGAAACUUCUUUGGACAUAAUCAUUCAUACACAACCUUUCCAGAGUACAAUCCCCGCAAGCACAUAAAACUUGAUCCACCUUUGAAUAUCCAGAGCAAUGCCACUGCCAGCAAGUGCCAGAUAUGGUGGAGCGUAUGGAAUGUGCCUUGGUACCUCGCUGAAAUUCUCCAAUAUGAGUUGCAGUAUAAGGAGUACAGCAUGUCCUGGGAGGUUGCAUUGAACAAGACGCUACCCAGUUCACUGCCACAGGUAGAAAUUGAAGCCACAGAGCUCCGCAGUGGCAUUGCUUACACUGCAAGAGUUCGCUGCAAAGUUUCUGAAAAUGAGAAUUCAUACCACAGUCAGUGGAGUGAGUGGAGCCAGACAACAGUGUUUCAAAAAACAGAUGUCCCAAAAGCCUCUGAAAAGAUUCUAAACACCAAAACUAUGCAGUACUUAUUCAUUCCUCUGAGUUUUGGCACUCUGCUCUAUUUAUUCUGGACCUAUAAGCUUUCCUCAAGGGCAAAAAGCCUCACCUGCUUUAACAUUCCCACGCCAGCUGCUUUCUUUCAUCCACUCUAUAGUUUGCACAACGGGAAUUUCAAGGAAGCACAGAUGUGAUUACUGCAGAAGAAAACUUUGCAUUUGCCUCAGGUCCAAGCCAGCAGUAUGUCCCCAGCAGGUACAUAAGAG